AAUCAUUAGGAUGAACUCUUGACUAUAAGUUAGUGCUUUCUAUUUAAUGCCCAUUUAUUCCAACCAGAGCGCACCUUGUUAUCAAUAGAAAUGGAGGAGGAGAUGAAGCUAGAGCUUGAGGGCUGUUUGGUGGGUCAUAUGAUACGGAGAGAGCUGGUCCAUGGGCUGAGGAGAGACUAUGAGAGUGUAGUGAACCAAGUACAGACACUAGAAGAGGCUGUCCUGUUAACUAGUGAAGUGGUGGUCUGGCCUCAAGAGAACACACUCUGUCUACCAAGCUUUGUAGUACCUUGUGAACAUGUACCUAUAGCGUACACACCUGAACAAGAACCACCCACCCUGGCAGAAGUAUCGUCCAAUGGCCACCCAGACUCUGAACUAUCAAUACAUACAGACAUUAAUGACACAGGCAGUCCUACAGUGGACCACUCAACUAUCGAUGGUUCAAUGAGGCUAGAGCUUCCCAAGUCAAAGGAGGGGCUGAUGGAACUACGGGAACAACUCUCCCUGGAAUUGCUCUGGCUGAAGCAGGCCAUUGUCAGCAGGCAAAAUAUCAUGUUUGUCAUAAAUACUGCAAUCUGAUUGGUUAGAGGAAAUGUUCUAUCCAAUUUAGAAAAUCAUGUACUUCAAUAGAAAAUCAUGUACUUCAAUAGAAAAUCAUGUACUUCACUUAGAAAAUCAUGUAGCAAAGAUUAGAUAAGAACAUUCAAAUUUGAUUGGCUAAAUACUCAUGGUUGCUAUGAUC